GAGUGAAGUUUUCGGAAGCUUGUCACGCGUAACAAGUGUUUCUCCGUGUGCAAAAUCACGACUGUGGAUUGGAGGAUCCACGCGAUAAUAUACGCGAUACCUGCAAUCCGAUUUAUUCUUUCGGAUUGCGCGAAAUCUCACACGCUUCCGCGUGUGAUUUUAAGUGACGGGACAAAUGUCCAGCGACAUGGAGGACUCUACGCAACUGACCGAUCUAAGCGAUCGUCGAUCGCAGCAUCAUCAUCGGCAUCAUUAUCAUCACCACCAUCAUCGAGGUAGAACGCCCGCGGGCGAGAUCGGCGACGACGAGUGCAGCACCGACAGCGGCUGCAGCAGCGGCGGCAGCAGCAGCGGAAGCGGCAAACGUCUGUGCAGGUCCAGCCGAUCUCCGAGGACGCACUUCUACUUGGAACGACUGCGGGAACGAUCGACGCGAUCCCAGGAUCGGUUCGGUAGCAGCUUGCAGAGAUCGUCGAAACGCAGUUUGAGCCCAGAGGACGUCAAGAGUCUAUCCCGCGGCGGUGUUUCACCCUCGUCCUACUCGUCCAGCCCCUCGGACGCUCACAGCAGCAGCGACAGCGAUUCUCUCAAGAGGCCUUUCACCACGGAAACUCUGCGCCGGGCGUUUCAAAGUCUCAAGUUCACCUCGUCCAAAUGGGAGAAUAACAAGGAGAAGAAGCACGCCAAGAAGAGCCCCAAGAAAAUCCUGCGAAGUCCGGUACCCUACAUGUACGUCCGCGGACUGUCUGGUCUGCCUACCCAGAGGGUCCCCCGAAAUUCGGGUCCUCAAUGACAGACGAUAAAGACUCGCUCCUGCCAGGAUCUGAUCGAGCUUUAUCGAUAGAUCGAGGCGGAUUAGGAAAGAUAUUGCACCGCAGGACCAAGACACUUUGCCAGGGGAAGAGGCAGGAAGGAGAGGGGUCGAGGGAGAGGAAGGGAGGGAGGGAUAAUAUGUUAAGGAUAAUAUGCGCGAUCGAUUGUCAUGUUUCGAUUGUCGUUAUUUGCGAUGACAUAUCUCUUCGUUGUGUACUUCUCGCCGACAAUUUUUACGAAUUUUCGUACACAACGCGCGGGAUAACCGCGGACUUGCCGGACUCCUCGUGAAAUUUCACGUCCCUUCUCUAAUUCAUUAUUCAAUUUAAGCGAUCAAGGAUUUGCGCGGGACAAUCCCUCCAAUCUGAUGCUUUUAUUCUCGAGUAGUAUAACUCAAGCGUAAUGCCGACUCGCUCGGAUCGGUCGGUUUCGUCGAGAUAGAAGAUGAGAAAGGAGCGAAAAAAAAAAGCACGUCAAAUUCGAGGGACGGGAUAAUUGAAUUAAAUAAAUAUGCAUAUAAUAUAACGAUCGUACAUUAAACGCAAAUGAUCCUCGAUACGAAGAGCGUAAAGUUAUUAUCGAAUCACGAAAUAAUUACACAUAUAAAGGAGAUUAUAUAAACAUCUAGUUCUGUUUAUUGUCGUCCAAAUUGUUAAUUCGGAAUUGAAGGAUCACAGAAAAAAACGAUAGAAAUCUCUCCAUGUAUUGAGAAUCAUUUGCGCGAAACUUUUUAAUACUUUGCAACAUCUUUUUAUCAAAAUCUUUGCUGUAUCAAAUGUCGUAGGAUGUUUAAUGCCAAGAUACUUUUCAUUAUCUCACGUAUAUGCACACAUAUAAUUACAGUAACAUUUUACCUAAUGAUACCUUUCUCGGAUUAAUGUUCUCUGAUUGAGAGUAUGGAGAAUAUUUAACGUACGAACAUGCAGACUGAUAGAUUUAAUAAUAUAUACUAAUCCGUCAUUUAUCAGCAAAACGAUGUAGGACUUCACUAAUCUGCUAUUUAUCUUUAUUGCAACUUUCAAUAGUUUACUCGGAAAUUGCUUUGAGACGGAUGACGAAAAAUGUGAGAAGUUACAAUUUAAUAAUAAUAAUAAUAAUAAUAAUGAUAAUAUUACUAAGAAAAAUAUCGCAAAAAGAUGUUCAAUUAUUUGAUACGCGACAAGAUACGACUCUCAGGUGCAUUCUAACGGGUCUCUAAGGCUUUAAUUAAAUGUUGCGACGAGAGAGCUACAUGUACAUCCGAAGCUCGAGAUGAUUACUCCUCGAUUUGUACUAUCCGUUUCCUUUAUCCAUCGACACGUGAUGACACGUUACUAUUUUUAUCGGCACCAAGAGAUGCGAUUAGUCGCGAAAUAGAAGUCAAUUACAUAGACGCGUAUAGAUCAUAAAUAAAUCUCUCUGAUAUCAAAGAAAUUUAGAAUAAAUAUAUAAUUCGUGCAUGAAUGUUUUAAGAAUAGAUUCCUCUUAAUGAAUUUCUAAAAUAGAUUUCUUUUUGUUGGUCUAAAAAUAAUUUGUUCCAUAUUACAUUUUUUACUAAUAACACAUAAAAUUCCACUUAAAAUAAAAUACCUAAUUGAUAGCAAAAGUAUUGAGUAAUUAAAUACUUCAUAAAUUGAGAUUGGUGUCUCAAAACAUUAUUUCAGACCAAAAAUAAGAAAACUGCCCUUAGCAUCUCAUACAAUAACUACGCGAAUCUCGUCUCAUAUAAAGAAAACAACUCUUGCGCCAUAAAAAUAUCUCGUUUUCAAAACGUUUUUGUCGACCCACCCCGACUAUGCAUGGUACAGUAUUAAAGAACGAGUAUCAUUAUUAUGUAUGUAGAGAAUAUUGUGCAUUCAUAUAUCGUGUAAAAAUUAAGAUCGACGAAUCUCUCACUGUUCCCUGCAUGGAAAAUCGUAGGCAAAACAUAUAAUCAUUGACUCGUUGUUUACCAAAAACAUGCAUAACUUUUAAAGAUAUUAACGAGCACAGAAAGUUGGCUUCGAUUACUUGUUAGAUCUGUUUACUCAGAUCUUUGAGAAUCCGAAAUAUUGUCAAAUAUAUUUAAAAAGAAAAAAAUUAAUAAAUUCAUAUAGAAUUUAUUAUUUACACACACGCGCAGAUUAUUUUUCGAAUUUGAAUUUAAUCUAGUUAAAAAUAAUUUGGGAUUAUCUCCUUUUAAAUUUGUCAAAAAUAUGUAUAAAUCGAAGACAUAAUAUGCCUCGUUGAUACCAAUCACAAUUAUUCUUUUCCGUGAUAAUGUUACGUAAAUACGGUCAAGGGUUAAUCUAACUAAUUGGCUGAUGUAACCGCGUUCUACGUGUAAUUAUUGCUGUUUACGGAAGAGGGAACGUACGAAUGUGCGUCGAGAACAUCUUCCACGACCGGCGGAUACUGAUUAAUUUAAAAAAAAAGGGAACUUAGAACAACAUCAAAAAAAAAAAGAAAAAAAAUGAAUUGAAAAAUACCAUUCACAAAAAUUCGUCAUUUGCGAGAAGAGAGAAAGAGAGAGACAGAGAGAAUACGACGGAGUUGGAAAAAAUCCGUGAAAAUUCCCAUUUGUCUGUGAGAUUCAUUUCUAGUGCCUUGUAGAUACUUCCCACUACGUGAUUAUACGAUUAAAUGUUAUCAAUUGGCGAAUAUAUAUAUAUGCGAGAGAGUCAAAAAAGAUAAAACCAUAUCCGCCACGGUCGGAUCGUCGUUACAAAUAUCAAAUAUGUGUAAGAACGAUGUAUGCAAUCGUGUAGAAUGAUCGCCGUACGAGAGUGUCGCUAACAAAAAGAUAGAGUAAAGAUCAAUUAUACUCAGGACUGAAUGUUUUGUAUAUCGUUUUGUCUAUAUCGACAUAAUUCACGAUUCAAAUAAACGUUUUUCAUUCUAAAA